AUGUCUCUCGGGCUUAUCUCUGGGGGCUACCCAUUGCACAUCGAAUUGAUGGAGGAUGUCGGGGGGCCAGCCAUCGGAGAGGGUAAGCUGCGGGAUCUGCCUUUGCAGGAUAGGCUAUUCGAGACCUCUACCAUCAAAUUCAUGCGGUGCGCUCUUCACCGUGACAUAGAGCCACGCCACAUUCUCCGACGCGCCGACGGCCGCUUUGCUCUCAUCGACUUUGACUCCUCUCGCUCGGUGAAGGACGGUCUCAAGGGCGACCGAGAGCUCGCGUCUAAGGGGCGCCCGGUAGCGGCUAUGCUUGGGUUGAAAGAUCGUGCUGCGCGAAAGGCAGAAUCUCUUGCCGGAAUGGGAGUGUUACGGAUAGCGCAUCAGCCCGUCAGGAACUCUCCCGCCCCCCUGCGCCUCGUUCUGCCGGUGGCCAAAGAAAGAGGAUCUGUAGGCCAUGUCGGGACGCUGGUGGUGAAAGAGCAGAAAUGGCGGAGCAGUGUCUGGGUAAACACCCAUUCAGACGUUGACAGUACUUUGAUCAGUAUGGAGAAGACGAUACCGAUGGAGGGGAAAGCGAGGGCGAGGCUGAGAAGGCAUCUCCCACCCCUACGCUACAUUCACGAGAACGCCGUACUUCCACCAAACGUCAUUCACCACGUCCUCAGCCAGAGAAUCAGUCGCAAAGAGGCCAACGCCAGUCAACCUCGCCGCCCCUCCCUCUCCUCCACUCUCAUCUCCUUUGAUGGCUCAAGACAGGGCUUCUCGGAUGCCAUCAUUGCCCCCAUCAUCUCCGCACCGGGAUCUAUUCUCCCCUGUCCGCUCGACACAACGCCCUACGAUGUUGCCAUCCAAUUCAACGAGUCAAAUCCGUUUGUUGGACAGUUCCCCUAUCACUACCUCGUAUACACGCCCAUCAUUCAGCGUCAGCGGGGGCCAGGUGUUCCAACCAACGCCACCACCUUCGUCUACAGAUGGCACGCGGAGUCAAUCGUUGUCCAGCAACAUUCCCACCUCGUCUGCUCUGAAGAAGAGUGCCCUUCGUCGCCCAUCAGAGUUUUCGCUUGCUCCACGCUCGCCCACCAAGUACCCUGGUUCAUCGUCGACCGAGAGCCCGAAUCGGACGAUGAGAGCCAAGAAGAGCUUGAGUUUCUCUCAAGCUCUGAGCGCUCUGAUGACAAGUUCCCGGUGUAUGAGUCGAGCUCGAGUCCUUUGAGGGGCGAGUCCAGUUCCAGCGCCCAGCGCAACUCUGAGAUCGGGUUCGGUAGCCAGGAAUGGAAACUCUGGGGAGAGAAACGAAAAUCCCAAAGCGGGUCUCAUGCUACCUUCGCCUAUACCAUCUCACAGGCUCAAGAGUGCUAUACACUCAUCAUCGCCGCUCAAAACGAAUCUAUCCUCCACCCCUCUAUGCGCAUCGACUCUUGCCAGACCACCUGCUUCAGCGCCGACGGCAUGGGCGGGCAUCAGAUUCGAGUCCAUGUCGCCUGCUGUACCACAAGCGCGCCCGCGCUCGCGCUCCCAGUCAGUGCCCAUCGUACCUGGCAGAUCUCAGAGUCGUCCCGCCACACCCACCCACCCCAAGCACCCCGCGCUACUCGUACAUCUUCUAUCGUCCCCGCGAGACUCGCCCAAACGACUCCAGCAAAGAAGAGUAUGAUAUGUAAGAGCCUGGAGAAGGCGGUGAGCGAGGUAGGGGAUGGAGAUGGGCUGGAGUGA